AUUGUCAAAUCAAGUACACCUAUUUGGGUGCUUCUAUUUUCAUUUAUGUUUGGCUUUGAAAAAGCGAGGGUAUCUCUAAUCAGCAUUAUCCUAGUGAUGGUCAUAGGAGUCAUUUUGACGGUCGAGGGCGAAACAAAAUUCGAUGGGUUAGGAUUUAUUCUGGUAUUGACAGCUUCCAUUGUAUCUGGUCUUCGAUGGAGUAUGACACAAUUAUUACUACAGCAUGAAUCUUUGGGUAUCAGUAAUCCUAUUGCCACGCUAUACUACCUUAGUCCUGUUAUGUUCGUUACUAUGCUGGUUUUGAGUUUCAUUUUUGAGCAGCCGUUACGGCAAUUUCACGAUUCAAAGCAUUUUGAGACUAUGUCACAGAGUAUAGAAUCACUAGGCUUAAUGUCCAUUGGAGGAUUUCUUGCAUUUGCAAUGACUUUAGCCGAACUCUAUCUCAUCAAAAGCACCAAUACAGUUACCUUGAGUGUAGCUGGCAUAAGUAAAGAGAUUGUUGUGAUCACGUUAUCCGUUUUGAUAUAUGGAGAUGUUUUGACUUCAAAAACCUUAUUAGGGCUAUUUAUAUCCAUUGUUGGUAUCAUAGCUUACAAUUACUACAGGAUAUUUAAGCAGCAGCCAGAGAAAGUUCAGUAUCAGUUAAUACCUAUGCAUCCACCUGCAUCCACCACAUCUGCUGCUAAUAGCAAUAGAAAACUGAGAGAUUAA